AUGGACAAUGUCAAGCAAGCCACAGGAGGAAAGACUGUUGAUCAACAUAGUAUCAGAUCUGGUUCUGACUGUGAUGGGGAUCAGAGACGAAAUGUUGAUCACCAUAAUAUGUGGAUGCCUCGAACACCAAACACAAAGCUGCAAGGAGGAAUUAAAGUUGCAAAACAAAUAACUCCUAGUCUUAUUUUGCCAAAAUAUGCUCGAGCUAACUCUUCCCCCAAAACCCCACAGAGCAAUCUCUUCCGAACUCCACCAACACCUAAAACCACACCGAAAUAUCGUCCCAAGGGCUACUGUAGAAGGAGCUUAUCGCAAUCAUUCACCACUCCAGUAUCUCCACUGCUCAAAAAUCCUCCUCCAAUAAUGAGCUCCACUGUGUACACUCCAGUAAAGAACCCUCAUUUACCGUGGGGUGAAAACAUAUACUGCUAUCAUUGUGGGGGCACUGUUAACCUCCUUCAAUCAAGCAGGAUUAUGGAACAUUUGAGCAAACUUACUAUCAAAGAUAUCGGAAGAACCGUAUUUGAUCUGGAAAAGCUUUCUGAUACUGGAAUGGCAAGCAAGUGCAUCUACUCUCUGGAAAAUAGUGACAGUGAUAAUAUUAUGUUCUGUGACGGUAAUAAUUUUCUGGAGGACAUCUCAAAACCAACCACAAGCAAAUCAUUGGAAGCUUGUCCCAUAGCCAACAGAGACAAACAAGAUACCACUACAACAAACAAAAGGAAGCCCAAAAAACCUACUGACAACUGGGAGGAUACUCUGUACUCAAUCACUACUGAUAGUAAUGAUCCAUGGCCACCUCUGUCAUCAUUGGAUGUACUCGAUGUCGAGGAGAUGCUUAAACUACUGGACACCUCAUUAGAUGGUGCCACUGCAAAUAUCAUGCAACCUGAUGUUCCUUCUAACAUAUCAGUCAAAUCCAAUAAGGAAAAUACCUCAUUAGAUGACGAUGCCACUGCAAAUGCUCCGCAACCUACUGCUCCUUCUCUAUCAGUCGAAUCCGAUAAAAAAAAGAUUCCAUCACCAAUCCCCAAGAGACAAUUAAGACCACGAAAAUAG